CUUAAGUUUUUGUUGUUGCUUUAUUUAUCAUAGGCAGAUAGCGGGACAUUAAAUUAAAAAAUAAUAGAGGCCAGACCCAAAUAUUAAUUCAAAAUGCAGCUAGUCGACGUUAAACCCGAAGUUAAUACCAACAAAUGCUUAGAAAAUGUGCAGGACAAAAAGCUGCAAAUAGUCACGAUUCUGGAAAAAAUUCAUCGCUUCAAGGAACGUGUCUCCAAGUACAUUGAAGAUAACUAUGUUGAGUUCCUGCCCAAUGUUGCCACCGCCUAUUUGUAUUCAGAGGAUGGCAACAAUUUGGAGAAACAAGGUUAUGAGCUGCUCAACUCCCUGCAGUAUUCCGCCAACAGCGAUUCUGAUGCUGAACUAAUGACAACUGUGAAAAAACUUAACACCGUCCUAUGCGACUUGGAUGUCACCAAUCGAAUUCUGGCAGCAGAUGAAAUAUUCCAAUCGCUCGAAGAGACCAGUUCCAAUGAACAUUUGAUUGCCUUGGACAUGCUAAAGAAACUGAAUAAUAUUAUUCAUCAUACCGCCUCAAGUGAGGUGCAAAAGUUGUUACUGGCUAGUCCAGCCUAUGAUACAAUCAAGGUGAAAUACUUGCUAAAGCUGCAUAUGGUGAAGCUGAGUCUGUCGGAAAAGUUUAAAGCGCUUGUGCAAAUGAAUGAAAAGCAGCUGCCGGGAGCUGUGUGCACCACCAUACAGGUAUCCAAGGAUGUAGGCCCAUUACAGGAUACUGUGUUGGCACUUUUCCAGGCUAAAUAUGAUGUCACGGAAUUGUGCGAUUUUCUCUUGGACAAGUGUCUUAUGCCCAUCAUAACUAGGCCAGUUAAUAUGACCUUUAGCGAGGAAAAUUCGGAAUAUCUUAAACUUCAAAUAUGUUAUGGUGUAACUGGAGGCAAUGCAGCACAGGAUUACAAACAAGUUUUUGAACACGUAAAAAUGCUGUUCCAUUGUCUGGAAACUUUAAAUGUUUUGGUAUCAAAUGAUCACCAUGUCUUUGCCAUAGUUGGAGAGAAUCUGGCUAAUCGUUUCUUUAAGUCUCUAAUCGAUGAAUGUCUCAUGAAUGCCAUACCGGAGACAGUGGAAGAGCUGCAAGCUUCUACCCUGGUGGAAGAUGUCUUACAAUUUGAACUCUAUCUGGCCGAUAUGUUUUUUAUCAACCGCGAAAUUGAACAGAGUCUAACAAAAUUUACCGAGAAAUAUGAGACGUUGUUUCAUAAUCGCAUGUUUUGUCGUCUUCUCGAGACUGGCAGGGAGAUUAUGCAGAAAGAUCUGCAGGAGAUGGUAGUGAUGGCAGAGAAAAAUACUCCAGAAGAUGUGACCAAUAAUCCAUUUUUGUUUCCGCGAUCCAUGGUAUCCAAGAGUCUUUUGGAAUUUGUGAAACUCUUAAAUCGUAUUAUACGCCAAGAUAGCGAAACACCAAGCGAACACAAUCGCUACUUCAACAUAAUUUCGGUGCUGAUCAACUCCUAUGUGACUCUGGUGCCCCAGUAUCAUAAGGAGCACCUGGAGAAUUUGCCCCAACAAACUGCAUUGUUCUAUAACAAUUGCAUGUUUUUGCAUCAAUUCCUGGCGAAAAAUUUCUCCACUCCCACAGCCUCAAAUCUGGUAAAGAAUUUAUCCAGCUGUGGUUCGAAACAUUUGCGUCAACAAGUUGAUCAACAAUUGGCAAAACUGCAAAAUAUCUUGCAGCCCGCUUCAAAAGGCGAAAACAAGGGAAAAAUCACCAACAAGAUGGUGGAUAAAUGCAUACACCAUCUCGAAUUGUUGGAAAGCCUGUGGCAGAAUGUAUUGCCAGUCAAGGAGUAUAACAAAAUAAUGGGAGAGUUAAUCAACAAUUGUUGUUUGCUAUUGAACCAUCAAAUUGUGGAUAAGCCAUCGAUUUCGGCGGCAGAGGCUAAACUAUUAAGUGAAACAUUUGGUUUAUUUAUAGACAAGGCUGGUUCCUUUAUAAAGGCAGGACAGGAGCUGCAAAAGUUAUCGAAUUGGCAGCGUUUAAUCAACUUGUUGGAUAUUCUUAAUGUUACUUUGACCGAAAUCGCUGAAAUGUGGUCUGCUGGUAAGUUAUCGGAGCACUUCAAAGCCGAAGAGAUUGAACGCUUAAUCAGAAGUCUACAUCCAAACACUGAAAGACGUGCUCUAGCGUUAAAGAAAAUCUUUUAA